AGAAAGCAGGAUAAAUGGACUACCUUGAGAAAAAUCCAAACAUGACCUUUUUUUCCCCCUGCAGUUGUGAAUGAUAAAAUCUCCACCAUGGAUGUGUCAGAAAGCAGCGUGCCUGUGGAGAACGGUGAUGCGGAGAUGACGUCGGAGGAACCAUGGGAUCAAAAAGACGACGAAGCCACCGAGGAGGAGCCGGGAGGUGGGGACCGGGGGCCGGAGGAGUCGGCCUCGCCGGAGGACCCUGCUCCAGAGAUGAUGGAGGAGGAGGAGGAGGUGUUAGUGCCAAAGGUUCCAGCCGUACAGCCAGACGCCCCCAAAAAGGAACACAUCAAUGUGGUGUUCAUCGGACACGUAGAUGCUGGAAAAUCCACCAUUGGAGGACAAAUCAUGUAUCUAACAGGCAUGGUGGACAAGAGGACCUUAGAGAAGUACGAGAGGGAAGCCAAGGAGAAGAACAGAGAAACCUGGUAUCUGUCCUGGGCUUUGGACACCAAUCAAGAGGAGCGGGACAAGGGGAAGACUGUGGAGGUGGGCCGAGCGUACUUUGAGACGGACAAAAAGCACUUUACUAUCCUAGACGCUCCAGGCCACAAAAGCUUUGUGCCGAACAUGAUUGGAGGCGCGUCCCAGGCUGACCUGGCUGUUCUGGUGAUCUCUGCCAGGAAAGGUGAGUUUGAGACGGGUUUCGAGAAGGGCGGACAGACCCGGGAGCACGCCAUGCUGGCUAAGACGGCCGGUGUCAAACACCUGAUAGUCCUGGUCAACAAGAUGGAUGACCCUACAGUCAACUGGAGUCUGGAGAGGUAUGAAGAGUGCAAAGAGAAAUUAGUGCCAUUCUUGAAGAAAGUGGGCUUCAACCCGAAGAAAGACAUCCACUUCAUGCCAUGUUCUGGGCUGACCGGAGCCAACCUGAAGGAGGCGACUGACAUGUGCCCCUGGUAUACAGGUUUGCCCUUCAUCCCACACUUGGACAGUUUGCCAAAUUUCAACAGAUCUAGUGAUGGACCAGUCAGAUUGCCCAUUGUAGACAAAUACAAGGACAUGGGAACCGUGGUUCUGGGAAAGCUGGAGUCUGGCUCCAUCAGUAAAGCACAACAACUAGUCAUGAUGCCCAACAGGGUAAGACAUCCAAUCAGAUACAGGCCUGCCCUGAAUCAGGGUUACCCGGGCAACCAGCGACCCACUGGGUCUUUGUUUUAAAACAUGUUUUGUUGU